AUGACCACAUUAACCUUAACGUCACACCUUCUGGAACCUCGACUUCACAGUCCUCAAAAGCCUCUGUGGAGCCCACCUCCCCUACCAGCCGGCGCCCCUCCUCUGGGGCUCAGAGCAUCCCUUGCUGGCUACCCCCUCUCCAGAGCUUACCAGCGCCUCUGGGACUCCUCCCACCUCAUCUUGCAAGAGCUGUUGGGCCAAAAGCAGCCCCUGCUGGAACCCAUGCCCCACCGGGAGCGGCAGUCCUUCCAGUACAGGCUCUCCUCGCUCUACCUGUACUACCUGGGGCUGCUGCGCUGGUUCAACACCCUCUAUGACCAGAUGGUGCAGCGACGGCUGCUGGACGGCAUGGCGGGCCGCGUGCUGGAGCUCAAAGACGAUCUGGUUCGCGUGGACCUGUGCGAGACCCACUGCCUGGACCAAGCGCUGCAGGACUUAAAGCUCACCCCGGCAGACCUGGAGGUUCCAAUUCCCAAAUACUUCCAGCUGGAGCGGUCCAGCGUCCUGAGGGAGCGAGAGCAUAUGCUGGCAGAGCUCCUGUCCAGACGAGAGCCAGUGUUCGCCGAGGAGAGCUUUCCAAUAUUACCCCAGAAGGAGGCCAUAAUCCUACUGCAAAGGGCCGAGCGGGCCAGGCAAGGCAGGCUUCGAGCCACCUUCAUGUGAGAGAUUCGGAAAAAGGAGGAGGGAGAUUGAAAGAUUCGGGAGGAAGGGCAGCCCAGGUUCAGUCAGGACGAAGCAGCGAUCAUCAUACAGAAGGUGUGGAAAGAUUACCAGCAGAGGAAACGCACUCAGCAGGACCGGCACGAGAUGGAGUUCAUCGGCAUGCUCCCCUCGUCCAGCCAGGCGGAGCAGUCGGACGUCAUGUCCCAGGCCAGCCUCAGGGGGGAUGUCCGGAGACUCCUCCAGACGGAGAAGGAGUUCCAGUCAGCCGUGGUGAAGACCCACGAUGCCCUCAGGGAGACGGAGGGGCCCGACAUGAAAGAGAAAAUGAAGGGGCAAAUCCGAGUGCCAUCAGCCUCAGCUGACCCAACCCUGAGCCCUUCUUUCCCUCCUCAUCCCAGUGUUGAACCCCACUUCUGUUUUGUCCUUUGGUCCAGAUUGGAUUCUCUUCACCAUCCCCCGCCACGCCCCGACACGCUGCUGACACACUUGUCCAUCCAUCCAUCCAUCCAUCCAUCCAUCCAUCCAUCCAUCCAUCCACCCAUCCACCCAUCCAUCCAUCCACCCAUCCAUCCAUCUGUCUCUCCAACCAUGUUACGUUCAUUCAGUGCCUUUACUGGCCGAUUCCCUGAUUAUCCAGGUGAGUCUUUAGGUGGAUCCUACCUGAUCUUUGCAGACAAGACUCCAGAACAGUUGAAAAUGGAACUGGAGGUGCAGGUCCAGGAGAGCAAAAAAAAAGGACAAAAAAAAAGUAAGGGAAAAGAAAAGGAGAAAAAAGAGAAAAAGAAGAAGAAAAGGAAGGGAGAAAUGACCAGGAAGGGGUAAGCAGAUACGAUGCUGAGAGUACUGCCCUCCAAACCCAUCCCUGUGAUUAAUGCCGGACACGAGGAGUACACAGAUCUGUGGAAGAACCGAUUUGAUAGCCUACAUCAGAGUUUUGACUCUGAGAUCCUCCAGGUAGAGAAGAGGAAGGAAGUGGAGCAAGAGACCAGCCUCCAGGUAAAUGAGCUGAUGCAUCAGGAGCUGAAGAGCCUGCGGCUGGCUGCGGUCAGGGAGGAGGGGAGAUCUUCUAAGUCUCCGAAGGCAAGAUGAGGGAAAAAGGUGGGCAUGAAACCUGAGAAGAGGAAGAAAGAAAAAGAUCUGACCCCAGACAGGUCUGUGGACUCCCUGUUUGAAGAACUCAUCAUCUUUGGCCUUCUACAGAAGUGCGAGACACCGGCUUUGAAAGACUAUGUUGGUGACUGCCUCUGUCUUGGAUCGACUCUGAAUUUGGCAAACAAGCUGCCUAUGCCUUCCCUGUUUGACAUACGACAGAACGUGGCCUUGUAUGGGGUUCUGCGGCUUGGCUCCCCAGACAUACACUCCAUGGCCCCCCUCAUCUGCUCCGUCCUCCUGGUGGGCCCCUCGGGCAUGGGGAAGAAGACGCUGGUCAAGGCCGUGUGCACGGAAACCAGUGCCAACCUUUUCGACCUGUCACCUGGCAACCUGCAGGGCAAAUGUCCCGGCAAGACCUGGGUGCAGACGUGGGUGCAUAUCGUCUUUAAGUUGGCUCGGUACCUACAGCUCUGGAUUGGGAAUGCGGAGAAGAAUUUCUAUAAGCGAGUCCCAAAAAAAGACAAGGAGAUGGACCCCAAGCGAAUAAAGAAGGACCUCACCAAGGCCCUGCGACUGCUGAAUCCUGGAGACCGCGCGAAGCUGAUCGGGACCACUGACCGGCCGCAGGCGCCUGAGAUGAAGGGGCUGUGCCGCACCUACGAGCGGAUCCUCCUGCCGCGGCCCGAUUACGCUUCUCGCUGUGUGCUCUGGAAGCAUAUGACAGAGGUCCAGGGGGUCCAGGUGACCCAGAGCCUGGACAUCAGUGCCCUGGCCAAGGUGGCCGAUGGCUACACACCUGGCUGCGUGUUCCAAGCCAUCCAAGCAGUGCUGACGGAACGGCGGCUCCUGCAAUUGUCCAAGAGGCCCCUGGUGGCCUCAGAGAUCCUGCGGCACCUGGCGAAGCUGGACCCGGUGUACAGGGAGGAGGAGGAGUCCCUGGAGGACUGGUACUUCAAGACCCCGCUGGGCGAGAAGAGGAUGAAACUCAUCAAGGACCAAGACGCCGCCGAGGAAGCCAAGCUGGCAAAGGAGGAGAAGAAAAGGAAGUGAUGCUGAGGCCGGAGUGCCUGAGAUUA